AUGAGCGUCAAAACUAACAACGUUAAAAAAUUAGGAUUCACAAACGAGGAAAUAAAGGAUAUAUUAGAGGAGGUGGGUUAUGAAGUUAAUAAAUAUUAUUUAAGAAAUUGUCAAAAAUUUGCCGAGUUAUUAAAUGAUUUAGAUUAUGAUGGAAAAAUGAAUAAAGAUGAUGUUAUAAAUUUCUUAUAUCCCACAUCUGAAGAAGAAAAACCUAAAGAACCUGAUGUUUUCCCUGAAUAUUAUGAAGAACGGAUUAAAGAUGAUGAAUACAAUGAAAUUGAAAGACUGGAAAAAAUAAGAGAUGAAAUAGAUGAAAAAAUUAAGGAAUUAAGAGAAGUUGAAAAAUAUAAUGAAAAUGAAGUAGAGGGUUUAAUGAAUAUCCCAGCUUCAGAAUCAGCAGUUCAGAAAUCUCAUGAAGAAAGAUAUAAAAAUUAUGUCUCAGAAUCAACACAAAAUUUAUUAGAUGGUGAAAUAGACGAAACACUUUCAGAAGAAGGUACUAAAUUUAUUCGUAAACAUAAGUUACAAUUUAUUGAUAAUGAAGAAUACCCUUGUAUCUUAUUUUCACCACCUUUAGAUUCCGAAAAAUUCAAAAAAGCUCUUAAAAACGUGACAUAUGCAACUAAUACGAUUAAGAAAGAAGAUCAUGAUAUUUACACAAAUUAUUAUUUAAAUAAAUGCACAGGUGUUGAUAAAGUUUUUGAUUUAUUAGAUAAAAUAUCAAAAGAAACCAUUGGAACCUAUAAAAUUUUGUGUGAUUGUGGUUUCAUUGUUGAAGAUACCAAUAAUGUUUCAUAUGAAAGAACAGCACCGAAGGAAGACGAAGUUGAAAGGUCUAUACCAUUCGUUAUUAAGAACAUAAAAGAUAUGAAAACUUAUAAACAUUAUAUUUAUUCAUUUAUUUCAGAAAAAAUGGAAGCAACCCAUAAAACAUCUUCUCAUCAUUUUAUAGCUAUUCAUACAUUCCUUUUCAAAGUUGUGAAAUUAAAUAAGACAGGAAUUAGAUUUAAUGUAUCAGGGUACGCAUUCUUGAGUAAAUUAAAAUGUAUUCGUCACGUCGCAGAUGAUAAAAAUUUAUGUGUUCUUAAUUCAUUUUAUGGGCUUUAA